AUGACAGUCAAAAUACUUCAAGCACGGACAUUACCUAAACCUCACAUUGCAGCUAAUGAUGACAAUAACUUGACAAGAUCAUCAUCAUCAAAUGAUGAAGACAAUCCGUCUAGUAGUGUCUCCAUGGGAUUAAUCUCGUCACAUAGAGUACUAGAUGACACAUUUAAGGAGUAUUUGGAUGUGUUAUUUGAUGAUCAUAUGAACGAUAUAUAUAUAUAUAUCGAUGGAAAUUUUGUAUGGUCACUCGAUGCUUCUCCGACAGAUCAUAUAGCGACAGAUGAGGGAGUAAAAGGAGGGGGAAAUAGUUUGUAUGAUUUCCCGAUAGACGAGGUCAUGUUGGAAUUUUUAAAUUUUGAACAAUCAUAA